CAGUCAGUCUCAGCAUCACAGCUCUAGGCAGCCAGCAGAGCCAUUUUGGCUUCUACAUUACAGGGCACUCAAAGAUCUCUCCUCCUUCCAAAGAAGCCUUCCUCCUUACAAGCAGGCCUCACCAGGCAUCCAGCUACACAAUACCUCGCUGGAACAAAUAAAGGACUCUUUGUUAAACAGAGCGAAAAGCAGAUUGUUUUUAACAUAUCAGAGGAAGAGCUCUAGAAAGAGAAUUUGAGAAGCCAGCGCAAGAGGCAGUAGUGGGAGCUGAUCUAUAGAGUCAGUAGCUGAGAGCAUCAGAGGAUCACCAUUGUAAAGGUGUGAGCACUGACCUGGACAUUUAAAGGAGUGCUCUCAGCACACACACAGAGGCACCAUGGCAGGGGCCUCGGUGAAGGUGGCGGUGAGGGUUCGCCCCUUCAACUCUCGUGAAAUGAGUAAAGAGUCCAAGUGCAUCAUCCAGAUGUCAGGAAACACAACCACCAUCAUCAACCCCAAAGCACCCAAAGAAAACAAAAGCUUCAAUUUUGAUUACUCCUACUGGUCACAUACCUCGCCAGAAGAUAUCAACUAUGCCUCCCAGCUGCAGGUGUACAGAGAUAUUGGAGAGGAGAUGUUACUUCAUGCCUUUGAGGGCUACAAUGUCUGUAUUUUUGCAUAUGGCCAGACCGGUGCUGGUAAAUCCUAUACCAUGAUGGGCAAACAGGAGAAAGACCAGGAGGGGAUCAUUCCACUGCUGUGUGAGGACCUUUUCACCAAGAUUAAUGACAAAAAUACUGAUAACAACUUGUCUUAUUCUGUGGAGGUUAGUUAUAUGGAGAUUUACUGUGAGAGGGUACGAGAUCUUCUAAAUCCCAAAAACAAAGGAAAUCUGCGUGUGCGUGAGCACCCCUUACUGGGCCCAUAUGUAGAAGAUCUGUCCAAACUCGCUGUCACAUCAUAUAAUGACAUUCAAGACCUGAUGGACUCAGGGAAUAAGGCUAGGACAGUAGCUGCCACUAACAUGAAUGAAACCAGCAGCCGUUCUCACGCUGUCUUCAACAUUAUCUUCACCCAAAAGCGGCAUGACUCGGAGACAGACAACACUUCAGAAAAGGUCAGCAAAAUCAGUCUGGUGGAUUUAGCCGGCAGUGAGAGAGCAGACUCCACUGGAGCCAAAGGCACACGGCUCAAGGAAGGGGCAAACAUCAAUAAAUCACUCACUACCCUGGGAAAAGUAAUUUCAGCUCUGGCUGAGGUGGAUUCUGGCUCAAACAAGAACAAAAAGAAGAAGAAAGUGGAAAGUUUUAUUCCUUACAGGGAUUCGGUACUGACCUGGCUACUGAGAGAGAACCUUGGUGGCAACUCUCGCACUGCAAUGGUGGCCGCUCUAAGUCCAGCUGACAUCAACUAUGAUGAAACCCUCAGCACUCUCAGGUAUGCAGACAGGGCUAAACAGAUCCGUUGUAAUGCUGUGAUCAAUGAAGAUCCUAAUAACCGUCUGGUGCGUGAACUGAAAGAAGAGGUGGGACGUCUGAAGGACCUCCUCUAUGCCCAGGGCCUGGGUGACAUAAUUGAGACGUUUCGGGGGCCAGUUGAAGAUUUUGCUGGUUUGAAAUACAUAUCCGAUUACAAGAACAAUAACAAUAGUGGCCAAGCUGUCAAUCAAAGAGGUGAUCUCUCCACAGUGACCAAUGCUAUGACGGGGAUGAGCCCCUCUCCAUCUCUCUCCGCCCUGUCCAGCCGGGCUGGUUCCAUCAGCAGCCUGCACGAUCGCAUCAUGUUCAGCCCAGGGAGCGAGGAAGCCAUUGAGAGACUCAAGGAAACUGAGAAAAUCAUUGCUGAGCUCAAUGAAACGUGGGAAGAGAAGCUUCGCCGUACAGAAGCCAUCAGAAUGGACAGAGAAGCACUGCUGGCCGAGAUGGGUGUGGCCAUGCGUGAGGAUGGAGGAACUGUUGGAGUCUUUUCACCAAAGAAGACACCCCACCUGGUGAACCUGAAUGAAGAUCCUUUGAUGUCUGAAUGUCUCCUAUAUUACAUCAAAGAUGGAAUUACCAGGGUGGGGAGAGAAGAUGCCAGCAGCAGACAGGAUAUUGUUUUGAGUGGUCACUUCAUCAAAGAGGAACACUGCACUUUCACCAGCACCACUGGACCUAUGGGAGAAGCUGUCAUUCUCGAGCCGUGUGAGGGAGCAGAAACAUAUGUAAAUGGGAAGAGAGUAACAGAACCCACUGUUCUCAGAUCAGGGAACCGAAUCAUUUUGGGCAAGAGCCACGUGUUCCGCUUCAACCAUCCAGAGCAGGCUCGUCAGGAACGUGAGCGAACCCCCUGCUCUGAAACCCCAAUGGAACCUGUAGACUGGGCCUUUGCUCAGAGAGAACUCCUGGAGAAACAGGGCAUUGAUAUGAAACAAGAAAUGGAUCAGAGACUGCAAGAACUUGAGGAUCAGUAUCGUAAGGAGAGAGAAGAAGCCAACAAUCUAUUGGAGCAACAGAGAUUAGACUAUGAGAGCAGGCUUGAAGCCUUGCAGAAGCAGGUAGAUCGUUGUUACCCUGACGUAGCAGAGGAAGAUGAAGAACCUGAGGAGGAAGUGCAAUGGACCGAGAGGGAGACAGAACUGGCAUUGUGGGCUUUCCGUAAAUGGAGAUGUUAUCAGUUUACUUCUCUUAGAGACCUACUUUGGGGCAAUGCCAUUUUCCUCAAGGAAGCCAAUGCCAUUAGCGUCGAGCUAAAGAAGAAGGUUCAGUUUCAGUUCGUGUUACUGACGGAUACACUUUACUCUCCACUUCCGCCUGACCUGUUACCACCUGAGGCAGCAAAAGACAGGGAGAAGAGCCCGUUCCCUCGCACCAUUGUAGCUGUAGAAGUUCAAGAUCAGAAAAAUGGAGCCACACAUUACUGGACCCUGGAGAAGCUCAGGCAGAGGUUGGAUCUGAUGAGGGAGAUGUAUGAUCGUGCUGCUGAGGUCCCCAACAAUGCCCUUGAAGACUGUGACAGUGUGCUGACCGGAGGCGAUCCGUUCUACGACCGAUUUCCCUGGUUCCGUCUGGUUGGAAGAAAACUCCUUUUCUCCACAUGCCUUAGUGAGCAAGCGAGCGACCCUAACUCCUCCCCCACCCCCUCUGAGCCCACAUCAACCUCUGAACUCACUGAGCUGGUCCAGUCAUGGACGGACAAGAAGGUGGGGACAGAGUUGGAUGACUUGGACGAUGAUUCCUUAUUGGAUGACACAUGCUCGGAUUUUGAAGAGGAGGAGGGGGAGGAUGAUGAUGAUGUGGAUGAUGAUGAUGAUGAUGAGGGAGAGCUCUGCAGAAGCUUCGGCAAGGCUGAGGACCCGUUUUACGAUCGCUCACCAUUGUUCAGUGUAUUGGGAAGGGCUUUUGUGUAUUUGAGUAAUCUGCUCUAUCCUGUGCCCCUGGUACAUCGGAUUGCCGUUGUCAAUGAGAAGGGAGAGGUCAAAGGUUUCCUCAGAGUAGCUGUUCAAGCAAUAUCAGGUGCUCUGGUUUUUCCUCCAGCUGAUGAAGAGGCACCAGACUAUGGCUCUGGUGUCCGACAGUCAGGCACUGCCAAGAUUUCUUUUGAAGACCAACAGUUUGAAAAGUUCCAGUCAGAGUCCUGUACUUCUGGUCUUUCCCGCACUGGCGUAUCUCAGGAAGAGCUGCGAAUUGUGGAGGGUGAGGGUCAGAAUGCUGAGAUGGGACUCUCUGCAGAUGAGGUCAACAAUAAUACCUGUGCUGCUAACCCAGAAGAGUUGGACAGCCCUGUCAAAACAGGUCUUGAUGGCAUACUGGACAGCACUCUGGAUCACUUGAGGAUUGGAGAAGUCUUCACAUUCAGAGUUACUGUGCUGCAGGCGUCAAGCAUAUCCGCAGAGUACGCAGACAUAUUCUGCCAGUUCAAUUUUAUUCACAGGCACGAUGAAGCGUUUUCCACAGAGCCGUUGAAGAACACUGGACGUGGUCCACCACUUGGCUUCUAUCAUGUGCAGAAUAUUGCCGUGGAAGUGACUAAGUCCUUUAUAGAGUACAUAAAGACUCAGCCGAUUGUGUUUGAAGUCUUUGGACAUUACCAGAAGCAGCCUUUCCCUCCGCUCUGCAAGGAUCUCAUUAGCCCAUUGCGCCCAUGUAGACGGCAGUUCCCGAGAGUCAUGCCUCUUUCCAAACCAGUACCUGCCACCAAACUGACAGCUCUCACACGACCCACAGCAGGACCAUGCCACUGUAAAUACGACCUGAUGGUCUUCUUUGAAAUCUGUGAGCUAGAGGCCAAUGGAGACUAUAUUCCAGCCGUAGUGGACCACCGGGUAGGCAUGCCCUGCCAUGGUACAUUCAUGUUACAUCAGGGCAUCCAAAGGAGAGUGACAGUCACCAUAGUACAUGAGACAGGAAGAGAUAUUGAGUGGAAGGAAGUGCGAGAGCUGGUUGUAGGGCGCAUCCGGAACACGCCUGAAGCAGAUGAGACAAUCAUUGACCCCAAUAUUCUCUCUCUCAACAUACUGUCUGCAGGAUACAUUCGACCCACACAAGAUGACAGACAGUUUCUUGAUUCGGACAUGCCUAGGACAUUCUUCCGUUUUGAUGCUGCUUGGGAUUCAUCCAUGCACAACUCUUUGCUGCUAAACCGCGUCACUCCUUAUGGAGAGAAAAUCUACAUGACUCUGUCUGCUUACCUGGAGAUGGAGAACUGCACACAGCCCACAGUGAUAACCAAAGACUUAUGCAUGGUGUUCUACUCACGAGACGCCAAGCUCCCGGCAUCUCGCUCCAUCAGGAACCUCUUCAGCAGUGGCACCUUGAGGCCAUGUGAAGGAAACCGUGUAACUGGUGUGUAUGAGCUCAGUCUGUGCCAUCUGGCUGAUGCAGGGAGCCCAGGAAUGCAAAGACGGCGCAGGAGGGUGCUGGAUACGUCGGUGGCGUACGUGCGAGGGGAGGAGAACCUGGCUGGCUGGAGGCCCCGCAGUGACAGCCUCAUCCUGGACCAUCAGUGGGAGCUGGAAAAAUUGAGCCUCCUGCAGGAGGUGGAGAAAACCAGACACUACCUCCUCCUUAGGGAGAAGCUGGAGUCCACCCUGCUGCUGGGCCAGGAGUCGCUGCUGUCCUGCGGGAGUGAAGAUCUAACCGAGUCCUCUUCCCCCUCCACCCACCUGGGCCUGGGCCACAGCCCCGGUCCUGGCCCCGACACACCCAACGAGAGGCAGAAGGAGCUGGCUGCAAAGUGUCUGCGUUUGCUUAAUCACACCUUUAACAGGGACUACAGCCAUGUGUGUGUUAGCGCCAGUGAGAGCAAGUUGAGUGAGAUGUCAGUAACUCUUUUGAAAGACUCAGCCUCAGUGUGUGCUGAAAGCACCCUCACACCGUCCUCCACAUGUCCCUCACUUGUGGAGGGACGCUACGGCCACAACACUGAACUCAGACCCCCAACACCUCGAUCUCGUGCUGUCAGCCCCAUCCCUGAGUCUGAAACAGAGGGCAAGAAGUCUCCUCAACAGUCCAGAUCAAGGACCCACACUUUUGUGCCAGAUAUUCAGGAAAUCCGUGUCAGCCCAAUUGUGUCAAAGAAAGGCUAUUUGCACUUCCUGGAGCCUCACAGUAAUGGUUGGGUUAAGAGAUAUGUGGUGGUACGCCGGCCUUAUGUCUACAUCUACAACACAGAGAGAGACACAGUGGAAAGGGCCAUUCUUAACCUGUCUUCAGCACAAGUGGAGUACAGCGAAGACCAGCAGGCCAUGCUGAAGACCCCCUACACAUUUGCGGUAUGCACAGAGCAUCGUGGGAUACUCCUUCAAGCCAGUAAUGACAAGGAGAUGCAUGACUGGCUGUAUGCCUUUAACCCUCUGCUUGCUGGAUCUAUCAGGUCUAAACUGUCCAGAAGAAGAGCCGGGCAGAUGAGGUUUUGAGCCCACCACAUGUAAACCUUCUGUACAACUCUUCAAGGACAAAAAAAACACAAAGGACUAAACUUGUAAAUAGAUCUACUGACAGAUCCCCCAGUUUCUGUGCCCAAUCAACUCUCUGACCCCCUGUUUCCUUCAUGUGUGUUCCUGCACCUGCCCACACUAGCACCAAUCGUGCACCUGUAUCUUAAAGGCCCCUUUGUUGUGCAUCUACAGUGGCCUAAAUAUUCAACUCAUAGCGCCAACGGAACAGGCUAACUACUUUAUUUGGUUAGAGAUAGUAUGCUUAUGUAGUCUUCAGCAACAUUUUAGAAAGUUGGUGAUGGGAAUUUCUAAUUGUAAAGCUGACAGCUCAUGCAAACACAUCCAAAUUUGGUACUGUGAAGAGUGACGUCCGUAUCUUGAGUUUGGUGGGAAAAUGGAUCACAUGGCCUUAUUGUGCUACUACUGACUCGCAAGUCUAUGAGUUUAAAACUGGUCAGUAUUUAAGUCAGCAGACCAUAUGUUUAUUCAUCUUUUGGCUAUGGAAGAUAGAAUUGAUCAAUGAUAAGCAGUUCUUAGCAAGGAGCAGAUGAAUCACAUCAUAUUGCGCUCUUACUCUCUUUAAGUGCAGUUCUUGGACACAGUACAACCCAUCAUAAAUACUCAUAUACCUCUAUAAUGUUUCCCUUGUAAGGCCGUGAAAUGCAUAAAGAUUUCAAAAUAAUCAGGACACAUGAGGAAAAAUUUGGCAACGGAAAACGGUUGCAUUCUCAUAUCUCCGUAUGAGGAUCAUUAUAAAGAUUUGGCCUAUUUUUGUUGGAGUACUGGUCAGUAGAUUUAUCUAAAAUGUAUCAUAAUCCAGUCUAAUAUUUUAUAUAAAAAUUAUCGGUAUCCCCAAAUGAUCUUAUAUCAGUCUCAUUUAUUUUUUAAAAUUUCUUUUAAAAAGUCUUAUCUAGUUAGGUAUUUAUUUAACAUGUUUUUAUUUAUUUCAGCAUGUAUUUAUUGACAAAGACUGUAAUAUUUUUGAAGAAGUACAGUGCAAUUUCUGCAUAUGGCACUUUUUUAUCAUGAGUUGACUAGCCUCCGUUUUACUGACUGCACUGCUCUCAUUCCCCCGACACGAUGAAACGCAAUUGGGGAACAGUUUAGAAGCGAAUGCUGGGAUAGCUGCUAUUACAUGUAGGUUACUUGAAUUUUACUUUUUAGAUAUGUUAACUAGUUUUGGUAGAGAAGAAAAAAUUAUCAGGUGGAGAAAAAUAAUUUUUGCCCAGAAUCCUACAUGCGUGUUUGUACAGUGGUCAGUUUUGGAAAAUGGAUGGUUUAGAAGUUUGUUAGAACAAAUCAAAUGUACAGUACUGAUGGAAUUUUCUAUACGCAUCCCAGAGAGUGAUGAUAUACGAUUUGUGCCUCUUGCAUCAUCUACUCACGAUUUUCAUCAUCCACCCAUCAGUACCACCCUUUCUCUUUGUGUGUAAUCAUUUAUGUGCACAGACAAAAUCAGUUUAUUAGUUUUUAAAUAGUUUGCAUAUUGCACAUGCCCUCCAUAUGACUAGGUUUUGAGAUUUCUAAGCAUAUCUAGAUGGUGUCAAUUAUUUUUUCCUUAACUGAUUUUACUUGCAAAUGAACAAAAACAAACUUUUUUUCAUUUUAGGGACAAGUUUCCCAUCUCUAACAUCACCAGGGACUCCAGAAAUGAGCCCUUCCAUCAUAGUAUUGUUCCAAAACUCAUUUUGUUCCGAUUUUUUUUUUUUUUUUUUGUGUGUGUGUGUGAUUAUAAUCAUAUAAAAUAUGCGAUGAGCUUAUAGAUGGCAACGCAAUACAUUUUAAAUUCCAUUUUUGAUGGUCUGAUUGUUGUGCUUAUUGUCAAAACCCCCUCAAAAACAGGAAACCAUUUGCACUGAGAUCGUUGAUAGUUAUUCAACUUCAGCCGAACUACAUUUUAUGGAAUAUGAAACAACAUUUUUGAGUUAUAUAAUACCAACAGCUGUGAUUUAGACACUUUUAGUGCAAAAACAUUUGAUGGCAGACCUGUGGGCCAAACCUCGACUUAGGCAGUCACUGGAGCAGAGCCCAUGCUUCCACUUUCACUGCUUAUUAUAGUUUGAUGACUUAUAAUGUGGUUUGAGAUGAUUAGAUGAUCCUGCAGUUUGCCUAACUAACACAAGCCUUUCAUCCAUACCUGCAUAUUCAGUGCACAGUUUGUAAAUCACCUGAGGUGCCUCUAGGGUGCAAGAUUCAGGCACAUGUGUAUAACUGAGGCCAGACAACCUACAGCACAUGCUCAGUACAAGAAGAAUCUGACACCCUGAACAAACCUCUACUGAAAGCCUUGAUCUGUCUAUGUCCAAAAAUUCAGUUACUAAUAUUGGUACUUAGGAUGGUAUUCUGUAUCUGUGAGUGAAAGCAGAAAGCAUAUCCCUAAAGGAUUCUAAAUCCCUGAAGGUUCCGUAUAUGAAAAAUAGUUCCUUUUGCGUGUCAAUCAGAGUCACUUCACUUUCAUGACCAGUUCAGAGUAAAUAUAAGUAAUGCCAAUACUUUUAUAAACAAGUGCAUAUGUAAUAGUAAUAGCAGGUGCGUUGUCAACAAAAUUAUUAAAACAUACAUAGAGAGAGUUAAAAGAAUCACUUUUGGUUUUAGUACAUACAAGCAAAUGUGAAUUGUCUUGUUUUUGUCUGUGCACCUUGUAGAAAGUACUGCAGCGAGCUGAAUGGAAUUGUCAAUGUUAUAGCCUGUCCUGUAUUUCUACAAGCAAUUUCCAUAAAACAUAACAUUAUCAUGUUUCCAAGCUAAAAACAUUGUAUCCAUUUUACCACCACCCACAGUGAAAGAAUGAAUCAGUUCUCAUAAUCGACACCAAAUAUUUGUGUGCUUCCAUUCUCCUCUUAUGCACAGACUCCAUUCAUAAGCAUUUUUUUCUGUCGUUUUCUCUCAGUUUUACUUGCCUUGUAUAUAAACAUGAUUGCUGUGAACGGUGUAAUAUGCAGUUGUAACCGGUUUGUACCAUCUUCAGUGGGCAGUAGUUCAAUGUCUCUUUCUGAGUGUUGGAAUUAUGAGUCAAAUGUUUGUGUACACUUAACACAUUGUCAGAUAUGAAAUAAAUGUGGAACUUAUGCAACACUA